GUGCGGCUAAUCAGUGUUAUUCGUCUUCCGACGGCAAGCGUUCGUCCCCUCGAUGAAUCAUCCUGUAAAAGGGAAGACAGCGAAAUUACUUUCCCGUCGAAAAUCCGAGAUGAUUGCAAAUUGCAUAUAAUUUAACAUUGACUGCUGCUGAUUUUAUGUGAAUUUACCAGCAUUUGAAAUCCCAUUUAGCGUCAAAUCUACGCCUAGGCCUAGGCCAUCUAUUGUAAUUUUUAUCGAGCUGAGAUUCGUUUAUCAGAGAGUAGUAGGUUGCGGGGUUGUGGUGGCGUUGUGUAGGAGGCCGAUGAUCGAUUCCAAGAAGACAGCAGCUAACAAUUACACACACUGAGGCUAAAAUCAAGGUUGUACUGAAGAUUUUAAUUAUAAUUUUAGCAACAUGUCUGGUGUAGAACUGAAAAUAUGCGACGGAGAAGCAAGGAAUAAUAUUCUCAUUCCAAUUGGCAAAACAGUGAUUGGUCGUGGGCCAUUUUUAAGCGUUGGAGAUAAACGAGUUUCGAGGAACCAUGCUAUAUUGGAAGUGGAUGAUGGGAAGCUAAAAAUUAUGUCUACACACACUAAUCCAACAUUCUUCCUGGAAGGUGCAAGUGACAACCUGACUCCCUUGCCGAAGGACACUUGGCACAAUCUAGGAAAUGGAGAUCGGUUUUCACUGUUGCCAGAUCAGCAUAUCUACGAAGUUGUUAUUGAUGACCGACCAAUCAACAAAGACUCACAAGGAUUUUCGCUAUCACCGACUAAGAAUAAAGAGGAGGAGUUGGAAAAAGUAGAGGAUGAUAAAAAUGAAUUAGAAGAAGGGGAAAAUAAAAAGAAUGGAGAUCCCUCAACACCACAAGAGAACAAAAGCAAUGGGCAGCAAAAAGGAAAUGAGAACGACACAGAAGACGAUAAAGAACAAGACCAAACAGCUGAAAUUAAACCGGAUGAUGAAAAUGUUGUUGUUUUGCCAAGUGGUAAGCCUGUUGCACUGCCUUUGAAUAAGCCUAGGAACUUGCCAGCAUGGAUGCUUGGGUCAGAUACAACACCAACAACUAAAGACAGUCCAAAAGGCAGAGGUAGAGGAAGGGGAAAGAAAUCCAACAACUCAGAUGAAGUGGCAGAUGCAACACCUACAAAACCCAAACCAAAAGGGAGGGGGCGUGGCAGAGGUAAGAAAACUGAUGCCACUACAAAACCAACUCCAAGAAAAGUACCAAAACGUGAAGUAGAAUACCUUGAUGAUUGGAUGGGCAGUGAAGAUGAGGAUGAUGAUGACGAUGAAGGCAGUGAUUGGGAAGAGGAAAAUAAAAAGGAACAGGCAAAACGAAGAGGAAGCCAAUCAAGGUUCCCGAGGUCUCCAACGAAGAAAUCACCGCGAAAACGCAGCAAGAGGACAAGUUCAGAUGAAGAAAUUGAUGAUUUAAUGGACGAGGAAGUUUACAUUCCUAGACCAACAAAACGAGGGAGGAAUGCCUCAAGAAGUAGUUAUAGUCAAAGUGUUGACGAAGACGAUGAAGAAGUAGCUGUAAAGCCUAAAAAGGAUGUGAAGAGGGGGAGUGCAAAGGAGGAGAGUCAGGAAACACAGCGAACCCCUUGCACUUAUGGAAAGACCUGUUAUCGAAAGAACAAGAAGCAUCUUGAGGAAUUUAGUCACUAUGGCGAUGAUGACUAUCCAAAGGAAGAGGCAGAUGAUAAUGAAGAUGGAGAAGAGAAAGAGGAUGAGAAGGAUCUCCCAGAAUGCCCAUAUGGUUCUGAAUGUUACAGGUUAGCAUCUUAUGAAAAAUCGAACAGGUCCACAAGACCAAAAAGAAAAGCUUCAGAAAUAGCUAAGAAAAAUGUGAAUGCUUGUGAAGAGGAGGAUGAGGACGAUGGUCCCAACACAUAUGACAGAAAUGAUAGCUUCAUUGCGGAUUCAGAGCAGUCCCCUUACGAACCGGCAUCAGAGGAGUCGGACUACAACCCUGAAGAUGAUAGCGAAGACGUGAGAACAUUAACAAAAGAAGCAAGAAGUUUUAUUAAAAAUAAGAAAAUGCACAAAAAGGUGCAUUAGAUUGUGAAUUGAAAUAUGAAAAUAAAAAACAAAUCUGAAUUAUGUAAAAGAAAAUUAAAAUAAAAAAAAUUAUGUACAGAGUUCUUCAGAACAUAAGAAAUACUGUAGUGUCUCACUUUGUGAGAAGGUGCCUGACAGAUUGAAAUAGACAAUUGGAUGAGUGUUAAUACUUAAUUAUUACUUGCUGUCAUAUAAUUAUCUUAGUAAGGUGUGCUAAUAAUGGCUUUGGCACCUAAAUACACUAGACAAGGGGCUUAUGCUAUGCCAGCUAUAUUUAGGGCUUGAAUGUACAGUUUCAUUAUUCUUUGUCCUCUGAUGAUGUUUGUAUCUGGUUAAAAGAUACUGUAUUACGUUUUUCAUUAACUUUGUCAAUGUUUUUGUAAUUUUGAAGAAUAGGUUGUUUCUCAUUAUAAGCAGGUGACUUGAUAGAGAAGGUAAAUAUACACUUGAUUUUUAUUGUAAAAAUGUCCUGAAAUCAUCAUAUCCACAAUUUGACAGGGAGGACUAAAUAUUCUUUAAAAUAUCUAGAAUUACAAGACACACAGUAGGACACCUUUAGGACCAAAAAAAGUGUCCUAAAUGGGGUUCUAUUGUAUUUCCUACGCACACAGUUAACUACCUUGUUUUGCUGAGGCUCAUAAAAUUACUGUUGUAAGUUAUCGUAUAAAAAGGCAGUAAUUCAAUGUGAUAUAUGUAUCUAUGUUAUGUCUGGGUAGCCAAGUGAUGUGAAAAAAUGCUGGUCUUUACAUAAUUUUAAAGAUCUCAGAAAUCUAUAUUUUGUUAUGGAUGUUUGUGUAAUUCUAGAAGCUAACUCAUUUACUUCAGUCAGUGUGUAGGAUUGUUGUCAAUGUAUCUUGGAUAAUUUCCAAUGUAAAAAGAAUCUUAUUCAACAUAAAUUUAGCACUUAGGCCUAUAAAAUGCCAUGGCAUGAAAUAUACAAAGCCUAUAAAAAUGCCCCAUUAUGAUUAAAAUCUGGGUUGUAGGGUUUGGAGGCAUGGCAUCUUAUCCACCUAGCUACUACAGCUGCACAUACUGUAAUGAUUGAUCACUUUACACUCUGCUUAUUGAGAACCAUGCUUUGAUCACUUCCUGUAGCAACAUACUGCACUUGCCAUGUCAUGCAAUUUGUACCUACUAAGCCAGGAACUCACUACACCUACGGUCUUCGGAGGGCGUGAUUCUGUGUAGAACGCAAUGCGACGAUGGGUGCACAACUGAUCGUUUUUUGUGAUAAUCAGCUCAGACUACCAUAGAAAAUCAGCAGAGGAUGUCGCGCAAUCUUGCGCUUACAAGGAGAGAGUUAGAUUUGUUACGAUACAAGGCAGCGAGUGCCCAGCUUAAGGCUUGAUGCAAGCAAUGGCCAAUGGCGUAUGUAGGAGUUUUGAAAUAAGGGGGGCUGAUGGGGG